UCUGAGAACACAGCACUGAGAGGUUUCUUUAUGAUAUCAAUCAUUCUCCCAACCUAUAGGUUAGGUUAGCUUUAGGUCAAGAACACUGUUCAUGUAAUUUUGAGUAAAGCAACAGAUUUAGAGAAAAAAAAAAUAGCCUUUUCUAAAUAAUAAAUUAGGUAUCAGGGACAUUUCUCGGAUUGGAUUACCUCAUGUCUUCCCUGAGGUGGCUGUGUCGACCUGACAACAGCAUGGCUGCAAUCUUAUGGGCGAUGGGUCUCUCUCUGCUCCUGCAGGGUUGUUUGUGCAGUGUUGGACAGAAUGACAAAGGCUGCAUGCGAUGGACACCAAAGGGGGAGGAUGUUUGCUGUGAUGAAUGUCAUCCUGGACACCGCCUGUACAAAGAUUGUGGCCCACGCCCGACAGAGCUGUGUAUUCCUUGUGAGCCUGGGACAUAUACAGAGAGCUCUAAAAGCUACAUGUGUAAAAGGUGUACACAGUGUGUAGGUGCUCAAGUCUAUGUUAAACAGUGCACAACUACAAGUGACACAAAGUGUGGAUGUAGAGAGGGACUCAUCUGUGGCGAUGUCCCCUGUUCCUUCUGUAUUAAAAAGUGUGACAAAGGUGAAGAACCUGCAGCGAAACGUUCAUGCAGACCUUGUCCAGAUGGAACCUUCAAUGAUCAAAUUCACCAGAAGUGUAAACCCUGGAGUACCAAGUGUCCCAAUACAGAACAAAAGAUCAUGGCCAGGGGAGAUGCACUUAAUGACAUUAAGUGUGCCAAUGUUUCAAUUGGCACAGUGAGCAAUCCAAAGAAACCUGAUCCCACAGAAAAUGCAUUGCCGUUGGUCUUAACUGUUAUCAUCAGUAUAGUGCUGAUGGCCUUUGGUAUCAUCAUCACCAUCAUCAUUAUGGCCAAGAAAAUCUUCCAGAAAAGCGAGGAAGAAGGGGAAAAGCCAAUCCAAAUCAUCAGAACCCCUACAGAUGAUCCCACGACCUUAAUAGCAAUUGAAUGCAGUUUCCACGAGGCCCAGCAAGAGCAAGGCAGCAGCUCGGAGUCGCUUGCCUCCAAGGACUCCUCAGAGCCGCUCAUUGCAUGAAUGGCUGGGAUGCCACACUGAAGUGCCUGUUUUGUUUAUCUUGAAGUCUGUGAAAAGGAAUAUCCCGAGUCCUUAUUUGCGCCUUAUAUUGAGCCACAAUAUUGGAAGAGCUGUGUUGGAGAUAUGACGGAAACAGAGCAAUGCAUUUACCCAUCUUUCUUUCACCCAGCCUAUUUUACUUAUAUCGGAGUUACCAAAGCUACUGGGAAUUUUUUGGAAAGGUCAGGUCAGAGCUGAUAGUUUGCUUUAUGAUUACACCAGGAUACCAUUACAGUGAUCCUUUGAUGAUACCAUAAAUAAACAGAGUGGAAGGGGAAUUCUGGAGGGAAAAAACAAAGUGCAUCAUGUGAGUUAUAGCAGACAGUGAGGUUGCGGUUUUUAGGCUUGAGAGAUAUAGUUUUCCUUAAUUGCUGUGGCAGUUUUUGAAUUAUUGGAUUGCAUUUGGCACCAGAUAAUGGUAAAACAGCAUUCUGUGACGCCUUUUCACUUCCUUUUUGUCACAUUCCCUGAGCCAGUUUGUGACAAAACCUUACAUUAUAAAACAAAGCCUUUAGAAACCACUGGAAUUUUUUUUAAAAGAACUGUAUAAAAUAAUACUGUAGCCUUUGAAUGAGUGUGAAAGAGUUUCACUUCUUUGAUAUUUGCAUGUCUGAGCGGUAAAGAUGCAUAGUGUUGCUCUGCGUGAACGUACAGUACGGGUGGGUGUGGAAGUCUGACGGCAGUUUAGUCAUGCCUAAGGCUUAGCCCACUAUUUUCAAAAAAUGAUGUUUUACUCCAGUAACCAACCUUGUUACCUGCCUUUUACUGAUGAAUUUGUACAUUUCUAACCCUGGUUUUGGUGCAGCCAAACUAGAACAAUGCUGUGUCAAUCAUGAUUUUAUGUGUUUAUUUCCAAUAUUUAAAGUAUUUAAAUUAGUCUAUAGAACACAGAAGAUGACAGCUUUGUUUACCUUUGUAAAUUGAAGACCAUAUGGUAUAUAGCCUACUCCAUCCUGCUUAACAUUAACAGGAACUAUAUGGAAUUUCCUACUUUAUUAGUGACAAAAAGUCCAGUGAAGGGAGUUUCCCCUUUUGUCAAUAAUACUAUAAAAUGCCAAGGGGAAUCUACUGUACACUACACAACACCUUGGUUUGGCCUUUAAUGAAAUGGGUUUUGUUACAAUUUAAUAGCAGCUCUUAAGCAAGCUGGGACAUGCCUCUUGAGCAAGAGUUGAGCAACACAGUGGGCAUCACAAAUGGAUUAUUCAUCGAGAUGAAAAGUCAGAUUUGAUUAGUCAUUGACUGCAUCGAAAUAGUUGAAUCCUAUCUUCUGUGUCAUGUGGAAAGCCAAUAUGGGACAACUGUGAUGCAAACUCAGCAAAUAUACGAGGCACACAACAUGUCCAAAUUAGGCUCUCUCUCCCCGACAGUCCUGAGCUCUUUAUUGCUUCUGCCUAUCUUCUACCACAGUAGAGUGGGCAGCUAGAUCAGACCAAGUGGAACUGUUUUUCACAAACGCAAGUCUUUUCUGAACUGUAGCAGGCGUAUAUAUCUCUUCUGAAAUGGAACAUUUGAGAAACCUGCUGUGUGGGCUUGGGGUUAAAAUGUUAGUCCGCACUUAUAGUAAUCUUUCAGCGAGUAUGUAUGAGUCACAGCUCGAGCAGGGUGAUGUCUGAUGAGACCACAAAGUUCACAGGUGCUGCCUUGAGAAGAGUUACCACAGUACAGUCUAUGUCAUACGGUGACAUUUUCUUAGAACUGUUGCACUUUAUCUUACAACUCUUAUCCGAUUCAUUUUAUGGACUUUUGGUUUGUUUAGAAUGUUCAUUUAUCUGUCUGCCUUUAUAACAAAAUGUUUAAAAGCCUUGCUUUUAUAUGUGUUCAGAGCGGUCAUUGGACUACAAUGCAGUAUACCUUCUGUUACAUUGUACUUUUAUAACUUUUUAAAAACACCCAAUAAAAUUGGAAUUUUC